AUGGAACCGAGAAGAAGGAAUGUUAGAGCCAAACAAAGAAAAAGAAGUUUGGAUGAUAUUUUAAUGUUAAUUAUCAAACCCAUGAAUAUCUCGACAAAGUUAUUGAAGCUCCGUACCGUAAGCAAGAUAUUUAAUUCAGUUAUAAGUGAAAAAUUAAAUUCUGAAAAAUUUUGGGAGAAACUUUGUUAUAAUCCCGAAAUAGUUCCUUGGCUUGCUAAGUUGAAGAGAAAUUUAUUUCCUUCUGUAAAAGAUGAUGUCCUUGAUUUGGUUCUUGUCAAUCAAAAUAACUGGAAAAAAAUGUAUCUUCAUUACAGAAAAUGGAAGAAUAUAUCUAAAUCAGUAAAUUCUUCUUGGCGGGAUUUGUACAAUGCCGGUGAUGGUGAAAAUUUCCUUUUUGUUGCAAGUUUUGCGGGACAUUUAGCCAUAAAUGUUGACGAUAAAAAUAUUGAUGUUGUAAUUUUUACUAAAGGCAAGAUAAAAAACUAUCGAUUGAUCAAACCGGUGGAUCAAGAAGAUUAUAAAUUGGAUGAAAUAGGUUUUUGGAAUGCUAAGAACGGUGGUAUUCUUCUGUACGUACUAAUGGAUAAUGGAUAUCUGUAUUUUGGAAAACAUACUAUGACUUUGUGGAUGAGCAAUAGCCAAGCAUUUGAAAAUAUCGUAUGCACUGAAAACGAUGUUUUGAUAUCUGUCUAUGACAACUUUACACACCUCAAAGAACACAUCCGUCCGCUCGGUUCUCCAUACCAUCCUAUCAACGGAGACACGAAGCAAAUUUCAGGGCUACCGAGUAACAUAAAUUUGAAAGAAUAUACAAUUAUUGGCAUGUUUGGUGACGCCGACAAUCUUAUACUAGCGUGCUAUAAGGAAAAAGCAAUAUUAAAAAUAAGGAUUAAAGUUCCAAAAUCUGCGCAGUCAACUUAUGAAAUUUAUAAUUUCACAUUAAUCACCCUGGAUGAUUCUAACGCAAGGACCACUUUUCAUUGCUACAUACCGCAUAGUGACGUUAUGGUGAUAGCUAAUGGUACACACUUGUGGAUAUCUUGCGAGUUCAAAAUUACCGAUGAUUUUAGCCACUACUUGCGUCAUGUAAAUUGCAAUAGAGUUGUCACCUCUAUUACAAUGCAUUGCAAUAUUAUACUCGCUGGUUUAAAUAAUGGAACAAUAUUGGUUGUAAAUCUUAAGUAUGAUCAGGAUCAAAUUAGAGGUCAUAUUGUUCUUAAUAAAAGACUUCGGAUUAAUAAUGUCGAUGAUCCGAUUAUCUCUCUUAAUAUUGAUGAGAUAAAUGACCGAUCAAGGAUCAUUGCUGGGACAAAGUCAACAAUAAAAUAUUUAGACUUUUAA